AUGUCACGAUAUGCACCUGUGUCUACGAAUGAAUCAUCCCCACCCGCCACUCCUUCACGACGAACAUCAUUCCAUUCCAUUCGAUCAUUCCGAUUAACUCCUAACAGAAGACAGAAUUCUGUACCUGAUCCAGAUGAGAUGGACGCCGCGUUCGAUGGUCCAGAUGGUGAAGAUGAAGGCGAAAGUCAUGGCUUGUUAGGGAGAAACAGAGAUGAACGAAUUCCAGGUGAUUACGAUUUUGAAAGAGAUUAUACACAACCACCGUCGUCACCACCACCUUUUCAGCCUUAUUCAUCACAUCAUCCCGCACCUGGAAACUCAAAUGGUAUCUUACCUACGACCCCAGCAUAUCAACCUAAACCAUCACGUCACUUCUUAGGUGGUAUAUUACCUACUUCUUUCUUACCUCGUUCUCAAGGAUCUUCUUCUCCUGCUUCAAGAAUAAUAGGCGCUGGAUCAAGUGGUGUUUUCGGUAAUUUAGCUGCAAGACCUGAUAAUCCACAAAUCGCAGCUACGAAUGGUGAAGGUCCAGAAUACGUUCCUGAAGAUGAACAAAAAGAAGGUCCACCUUCGUAUCAAGCUGCAUUGAGAGAUGCUGUACCGCCAUAUUGGGAUACAACGGUUGUUCUACCUUCUUCAUCGUCACCGUUUGGUCCGCUGUCAAGUUCACUGAACGGCGACGAGAUUCUUAUAGAUGGCAUGGCAAGUGGUAACUUCUUUGGCUUCUUCUGGAAUCUUAUCGUCUCAUUCUCAUUUCAAUUCGUUGGGUUCCUUCUCACAUAUGUCCUACACACCACUCACGCUGCGAAAUACGGUUCUCGAGUGGGUCUAGGGAUGACUUUGAUCUCCGUUGGACUAAAUCUCCGAUCGAAAGCAGAAGAACUAAUCAACACUGGAAAAUUCCCUUCCGAUCCUUCCGAUCCUGAUCCCCCCGUAGCGGCCGACGACGAAACUUCUGCUGAAAAUGCCGUUGAGGCUAUUUGGGGACCUGGCGGACCAUGGCCCUAUCCUGUGCACGAGCCGAACGAUCCCUACGGACCAGUCACUAUACUGCACAGUACUCAGGAUGCGGAAGUCUGGGCCCACAAUCACAAUAUGACAUUGGCAGGAUUUAUGGGGUUACCGAAUGCUGAAGAUGUUGGAAGAGCGAAUGAAUAUUUCAGUUUCUUGAUGAUGAGUAUAGGCUGGUUUAUCGUUUUAACAAGUUUAGGUGGAUGGUGGAGAGUGAAAAGAUUUGAAAGAGGAUUGAGAGCUGCUCAGAGAGAAAGUGAACAAGCUCAAGCUGCUGCUUUAUCGAAUCGUGAAAAUCCAACAAACGGAGAAGGCGGUACCACGGAAGAAACUUUUGAACCGAUAACGACAUCUCCAACGAGGCAUGAACCCAGUCCUACAGAAUUAACCUAUUAUACGUCUGCCUUCUCACAAGCUUUCGCAGGAGCAAGGGAUAUCCAAAGGGGAUUUUUCGGCAUGCACGGCAGACCCAUAAGAGGUAAUGGCCACACACCAUUAAAUCAGGAUGAUACGGAUAGUGGUGAUCACGAAUUAUUAGAUGCUCAAGGAUUCGGUUUAGGUGGUCCAAUGGCAUCAGAUCAUUCUGCAACAGGUGAUUACCCAGGUGCUAAUCAGAGGGAAAGGAGAACCGGUGUAGGUCUAUGGGGUGUUUAA